CCGGCCGAGUCAACUACUCUGCUGCCGCCCCCAACCUGCGCCACGCGAAAACAACCCGACCCCCAGCUCCAUUCCCACCCGGAAUCCAGCGGAAGUGCGAAACAGCCCGACCAAAAUGCCGCCGCCUACCCGCCCCCUCCACGCCGCCGCCGCGCUCCUCCUCCUCCUCCUCCCCGCCCACCUCGCCCUCGCCGCCGCGCAGGGGUUCCGUGGCUUCUCCUACCUCCUCAACUGCGGCUCUGCGUCCGCGACCACCGACGGCCGCGGCCUCCGCUGGGAGCCCGACGCCCCCUACGUCUCCGCCGGCGCUCCCAGCGCACCCACGCUCCCGGGCGCGGGCGGCCUCCUCGACCCCACGCUCGCCACGUUCCGCUCCUUCCCUCACCGCCCCAGGUCCAAGUUCUGCUACGAGCUCCCCGUCGACAAGAACCGCCGCUACCUGCUCCGCCCCACCUUCUUCUACGGCGCGCUCUCCGCCUCCUCCUCCUCCUCCUCCUCCUCCUCCGCGCCGCCGCCGCCCGUCUUCGAUCUGAUCGUGGAUGGCACCUUCUGGACCGCCGUCAAUACCACCGACGACGCGCUGGCCGGCGCCGCGUCGUCCUACGAGGGUGUUUUCCCCGCGAGCGGCAGGAACAUGAGCUUCUGCCUCGGGGUGAACCCGGACUACACCGACGCCGGCCCGUUCAUCUCCGCGCUGCAGGUGAUCCAGCUCGACGAUUCCGUGUACAACGCCACGGAUUUCAAAACCAGCGCUAUGGGCCUUAUAGCUCGCACCAAAUUUGGCUCCACUGGCGAAAUCGAGAGGUACCCUGAUGACAGUUUUGAUCGCUAUUGGCAGCCAUUCCCUGACAGCAAACAUGCAGUUAGUAGCACCCAAAAUGUUACAUCAGCUGAUUUCUGGAAUCUCCCCCCUCCCAACGUGUUUAACACAGCUUUCGUAGCGGAACAAGAUGCACCCCUAGUGUUACAAUGGCCUCCAAUGCCUGUCCAGAAUGAUAGCUAUUAUGUUGCCCUCUACUUUGCUGACACAUUACCUGAGAAUUCAAGGACCUUUAACGUAUAUAUAAAUGAUUACCUGUUUAUCGGAGAUCUAACUGUCACAUCAGCUGGUCUUUCUGUCUUUGCAACACAAUGGAUUCUCUCAGGCUUGACCAGAGUUAUAUUGCAACCUGCAUCUCCUUCUGCUCUUCCCCCACUUAUCAAUGCUGGCGAGGUCUUCGGACUUUUUCCCCUAGGAAGAUUGACAUAUGCACGGGAUGUACGUGCUCUGGAGAGUAUAAAGAAAAACCUUCAAAAUGUACCUGAAGAUUGGAAUGGAGAUCCAUGUAUGCCCUCAGGAUAUUCUUGGACGGGAGUUACAUGUGAUGAAGGAUCAAGAAUACGUGUCAUCUCAUUGAACUUAUCUGGUAUGGGUCUCUCUGGAUCUAUUUCACCUGAAAUUGCGAGCCUGACCGCUUUGACUAAUAUAUCUUUCGGACACAACAGCCUGCUUGGACCGAUUCCAGAUCUUAGCAACCUAAGCAAGCUUGAACGGCUGCACCUGCAAGAAAAUAAUCUAUCUGGAUCAGUACCUAGGACAUUGGGGACAAUCAACACAUUGCGUGAACUGUUUUUGUACAGCAAUUCUUUAUCUGGACCAGUUCCAGAUAAUUUACUGAACAAGCAAGGAUUGACUUACAGAUUUCUUCCUGGGAAUCUCUUCGCCCCACCACCACCGCACUAACAGCUAGACAUUUUGUGCAAACAACCACUGUAUAUGUACACAACAUGAUUCAGAGCUAGCAGGACAGUCGUUGAUUCUUUUAGGGUGGCUAUAGCAAGAUUUUGUAACCAUUCUGUACAUAUAAAAGCAAGUUAGCAUCCAUGUGAUCCGACCAACCAAUGCAAAGAGGUCGGCCACAGCUGGUCAAGAUACAUAUACUGGUUUCGACGCUGUAGUUUUACACUGAAUGUAUGCAUUACAAAAAGGUUGGGAUAGAGUAGGAUAGUGGAAAGUGUUUACAUUGGUUAAUCAACUUGAGAUUCUGUACAUUACAAACUUGAACCGUGCUUAGCAGCUUCUCUUUGCAAUUGGGGACGUUGUAGGUUGUACACUGGUCACUGGAUAUUGGAACUGAAAGAACGCUUACAAAUGCUUCAUGGUUGUUUCUUAGAAA